UUACUGUUUUAUUCAUAAAAAGUUGUAGUACAUUUAAAGCAGAUUUCAUGAAGUUUUGCCAUACCUGUGCAGUGGGUGCGAAUUUCCACCAAAAAAAAACCAAAAGAACGGGAGUUGUUUUUUUAAUUGUAUUUAUUUUACUUUUUAUAUUUGAUAUAAGAUUAUUAACUGUAACGUCCAGGAUUCAUUUGGGCCAUACUUUCUUAGUAGCCUGAUGCCAAAGCGCCGGCCAUACAGCAUGCCCAUGCCAUUAGGUAGCCCAAGCUGUAGUGUAUGAGGACUUGUGCAUAUUGACUAUUUUUGAAGGCAGUCUUAGAGAUCCGUGGGAAAUGGAUUUGCUUCUUGUCAAUAAUAACCAAUCUACAAGGUACUGCUUUAAACUUGAUUAGGCCAAGCCCCAUGGGUCCAUUAUCAAGAGACAGCUUUCAGAGAGGGAGUUUCAAUUACUAUACUCUGUUUAAUAACGGAAUUACCUAUGUGUGUGCAACAGAAAAGAACAUGGACUCCUUAACAGCAUACAGGUUUCUUGAUGAGAUUUGCAAGAUCUUUGUUGAAAGUCCUCUGAUAAACAAAGUGGCAUUUGCUCAUCCCUUUGAAUUGAGUGCAGACCUUAAUCAGGUGCUGGGCCAGAACAUGGCUGACUAUAGUGCAAAACCGAGUUCUGGAAAGCUGGACGCUGUACAGGAGCAGGUUAACGACGUGAAAAACAUUUUGUCAGAUAACUUAAACAAAGUUCUAGAAAGAGGAGAAAGGCUGAAUGAUCUUAUAGACAAAACAGAUGACCUGCAAGCAACUGCCGAGACUUUCCAAAAAACAUCAACAAGGAUUGCUCGGAAGAUGUGGUGGAAAAACAAAAAGAUGCUUGCUAUUAUUGUGGUGAUAGUUAUAAUAAUUAUAAUCAUCAUAAUUCUUUUAGCCACAAAUGUUAUUCCAACAUAAUAUCCACCCAGUGGUUUACAUUUAUCAGACUCCUGACUUGUACAUGUUUUUUGCACAUUACGUUUAUAAUUUAAUACAUUGUAAAUUCAGACAUGUACAUAAUUGUAUUUCAAUAAAAAUGUGUUUUGUGCUUACGAA